GACUCGGUCCCCGCCCUGAAAUCUUUAAAUACCCACUGUGAACCGUUACACGAGAAUACACAUACACACACACACGACACAUCCAGUGAUGUGCUGACAUUUUCCAUUAUUUAAAAAAAAACUUCGCUGUUUAGUUUUGCACCAUGGAGCUGGACCGGCGACUGCUGCUGGCUCACUGUGCCGCUCACGCCCUUUCUGUGGCGGCCGGGCUGCUGGUGGUCGUCCCCAUGGCUCUGAACGGAUCCGCGUUUAAAGGCCGCUGCGCACUCUUCUCCACCGGCUUCUGGAGGACAGAGGACCGGGCAGAGCUAACGGGGCAGCCGGGGGACGUCUCUCAGCUGGUGGUGCAGCAGUGGGGGCCUCCAGCUGCCUGCCAGUUCGCCACAUUUGUCGGUAUUUUCACGGUGCUGUACGGGGCAGCGCAGGGCUGGAGGAGCCUCUUCUAUCUGCACGGAAGACAUGAUGACACCCUGUUUUCAUCCUUCCUGACGGUUGUGCUGAGUGUGUGUGUGCUCUUCCUGUCCGGAGGGGCCAGUGUCAUCUUGUCUCUGGGCUUCUACUCCUGGUGCGACACCGUGACUAAUCUCAACACACGACCAUACAGCUGUGCAGAGUCCCAGUCUGUUCCACUUUACCUGGAUGUGGACACCUCGUCUUUCUACACAGAGCUCGGUCUGGCACAGGCGUCUCUGUGGGGAGUGACGGCUCUGUGGCUGGCCCACUCCAUCGUGGCUUUCCUGCGGCUCUACCACUCCCACAGCCAGCACAUCAGCGGGCCCUGUGGCCCCCGAGAGAAGGAGCUGCUGCUGAGACACAGUCUGUCCGACAGCGGCUCCCCCACACCUCCCACCGCCGCCACUCCCACCAUCUUUGUCUAACUGAGAGGUAGUGAUACCACAUGAUGCACUCUGCUGUCAGAAAUACGUUUUAAACGUCAUUUCCCCCCUUAUCACUACUGCAUGUAGAAUAUGGGCAUGAAAGUGUUUGAUUAAUUUAAUAUAAUUCAUACUUCUUCAUCUUAUAUAAUUGAAGAGCCUGAGUGAUCAACAGUAUAGGAGUUGAUAUCGGCUGAUAAAUAGCUAAAUGUCAGUAUAGAAAUGCCAAAGAUUUGUUUCAGGUCAUUUAAAAACAGUCUCCAUUAUAGGAUAGCACUAACACGUUUCUGUUUAGCAUCCUGGAGGCAGUCAGGCUGUAUUAUAAAUGAUAAGAUGUUGAGCAUCACUAAAACACCACAACUUCAGUUUCUGCCAUGUAUGUUCGAUAACAUUUGAGCCACAGAUCUAAACAUCUAUUUUUCUUAAUCCUUAAAAAAAAUAUAUUUUCUAAAAUCCUCAAAGACUCUUUUAACCAUUUGGAUGAAAACAAACCCGUCACUGCACAAUAAAGAUGCUCAUCUCAUUUUAGAGUGCAGUUAAGAGUAACCAAAGGUUUAUUAUUAGACAUUUUCAGUAUUUAAAACCAGCUUUGGCAAAAAGAACGACAGAAGAUUGAAACUGUUGUCAGUACGAGAGUUAGGGAAACGCAUCCUGAUAUACUUUGGUUUCCUAUUUAACAGUUUGUUAUAAAUGAUCAGAUGUGAUAUAAUACAGGUACAGUUAGCAUUUUGUAUACCAAUCAUGUGUUAUGUAUCUGUACAUGCACUACAUGUGUUGCCAGUUUUCCUUUCUACUCAAAUGUAAACACCACAGAGUCCUCCCUCUUUUUGCAUAUGCGACCUGUGAGGGAGGCCAGUGAUUGUAACUUGGUGUCGCUUCUUCUGGUUUCAUAAAGACAAUGUUAAUGAAUUACUCUAAACAUUUAACACAACAAAGCCAACUUAGUUAGACUAAGUAUUUCGGAAUAAUGUGUGAGAAAGAUUGUUUCCUUUUGUUCCCAAAUGGCCCAAAUUGAAUGAGUGCAUUACAUAAUGUAUGUAUUAGCUUGCUUUGUUAUGCAUGA